GUGGGCGCUGCCAAGAGCCUGCACGAACUCCCCGCUUGCUCCCGUCCAUGGGAGUGGAACAAAGGGGAUGCACCGAGCCAGGCCCGCUUUCGCCCCGCGCCUCGCCCCCCGCCUCUCCUGGGACAUGGCGGCCCUCCAGGUCACACUCAACGAUGUCACUGUCUGUGCGCCCGCAGCGCCGAGUCCUCGUCACCAAGAUCAAUAGGAGCCAGUCCUUCGCCGGAGUGAACUCAUCGGCCGACCGGCCCUUCAGGAAUCUCUCACCUUUCACCCCCACUGUCUCCCGCAAGACUGGCUCCAGGGUCAGUAGGAUGUUCUCAAUGUCCCACAAAUCCCCACCACCCAAGGUGCCUCAGCCCAACCGCCUGGACGAGGUGUACGAAGCUCUCAAGAAGGGCCUGACAGCCUACCUGGAGGUGCACCAGCUGGAACUGGAGAAGCUCAGCACACAGAUCCGUGAGUCCAAGAGGAAUUCACGCCUGGGCUUUCUCUCCGAUCUGGAUAAGCAAGUGAAGUCAAUUGAGCGCUUCCUGCGUCGCCUGGAGUUUCAUGCCAGCAAGAUAGAUGAGCUGUAUGAGGCUUACUGCAUCCAGCGGCGGCUCCGUGAUGGAGCCCACAACAUGGUCAAGGCUUACAGCACCGGCUCGCCAGGCAGCCGGGAGGCACGCGAGAGCCUGGCCGAGGCCAGCAAGGGUUACAAGGAGUACACAGAGAACAUGUGUUUGUUGGAGAAUGAGCUGGAGAGCCAGCUGGGCGAGUUCCACAUCCGGAUGAAAGGAUUGGCAGGCUUUGCCCGGCUUUGUGCUGGUGACCAGUAUGAGAUCUUCAUGAAGUAUGGACGGCAGCGGUGGAAGCUGCGAGGGCGCAUCGAGGUGAACAGCAAGCAGGUGUGGGACAGCGAGGAAAUGGUUUUCUUGCCCCUCGUCACUGAGUUCCUCUCCAUCAAGGUGACGGAGCUAAAGAGCCUGGCCAACCACGUUGUGGUGGGCAAUGUGUCCUGUGAGACCAAGGACCUCUUUGCAGCUCUGCCCCAGGUAGUGGCUGUGGAUAUCAACGACCUGGGCACCCUCAAACUCAGCCUGGAGGUGACCUGGAACCCCUUCGACAAGGAUGACCAGCCCUCAGCAGCCAGCACUGUCAACAAGGCUUCCACAGUGAACAAGAGGUUCUCCACCUACAACCAGAGUCCGCCUGACACGCCGUCCCUGCGGGAACAGGCAUUCUAUAAUAUGCUGCGGCGCCAAGAGGAGCUGGAGAACGGCACAGCCUGGUCCAUCUCCUCGGAGUCCUCAGAUGACUCCUCCAGCCCCCAGCUGUCCAGCAGUGCCCGCCAUGCCACACACAAGCCCAUCGUGCAGCCUGAGGUGCAGGCCUCUGCCCCUGCCAUCGAGAUCUCCUUCUCCCAGCAACCAGAGGAGGCUGAUGCCGUGCUUGGGGCUAGUGGCAGCAGUGUCCCCUCUGCCGGGACCCAGAUGGAGGAGCAGAGCAGCCGUAAGAAGGACACGGUGGCCAACGGGCAUGUGCCCUACUCCCGGACUCUGAGCCACAUCAGCGAGGCCAGCGUGGAUGCCACAAUGGAGGUCAAGACUGUGGAGAACCCUUGGGAGCCUGCACCCAGCACAGAGGACACAGGGAUGGGCAAGCAAGAUGCACACCCUCUGCCUGGUGCUGCAGUGGCAGCUGCUGUGGCAGGGCAGGACAGGGCCACUGAGGCCAAGCCUCGUGCCUCCGUGGCAUGGGCCACCUCCUGCGAGGAGGAGGCUGGCAGUGCAGAGCCAGUGCAGAGCCAGGCGCCAGCACAGAGUGACUAUGGCACCGGGAUCCCCACAGCACUGGCACAAGCCUCUGCAGAAGAGAGGCCCAUCCCAACCCCACCACUGCCCACCAGCCUCCCUGAGGUGCCACGGGGGAAGAUGGUGGAUUCAGGUCUGGAGGAGGCAAUUGGCCUCCUGGGCUCAGCUCUGGAUGACUAUCGGGGACAGUUCCCGGAGCUGCAGCCCCUCGAACGGGAGCUCAAACGUCUGGAGGAGAUGCUGCUGCAGAAGCAAGGUGUCUUCCUCAGCCGGGCCUCCAGCAUCAGCCUGACAGUGGAGCAUGCACUGGAGAGCUUCAGCUUCCUCAACACCUCUGACAUGGAGGACUCAGAAGGCUCUGAGGAGGAGCCUCUCCAAGAUGAGAGGAGGGCUGGCAGACCCCUGCGCAGCACCAGAGCCCCCAGCGCUGGCGAGAUGGGGGCAGAUGACACCGGAAUGUGCAGUGGUUCUGAGGCCAGCACUGACCCCAUGAGCACCGGCAAUGAGUUCCUGGAUAAGGCUCUGGUGCUUCACCUCAACAACUGCAACCGCCUGCUGCUGAAGCUGGGCACCUUUGGUCCCCUGCGGUGCCAGGAGAUGUAUGCCCUGGACAGGCUGCUGCGGGAGUCCCAGGUGCUGGAGAUCGUGUGCCAGCUGACAGAGGAGCGCGCAGGAGCAGCCACCUCGGCCGCUGAUGUGGUGCAGUUCUCAACACGGAAGGAGGGAGUGCUGCCCCUUUGGGACCUCUGUGUGGAUGUGCCCAAUGUCUACACCUGCCCUGUGGAGCGGUUCCUGCAGGUGCUCAGUGCCCAGUAUGCAGCUCCCAUCAGUGAGCAGCACUCUGGUUUGGCUGAUAUUGUGUGUGUGAAACUGGUGGAGGACAUGCUGAACCGGCGGCUGCCCCGGCGGCCCGGCAGUGCCCAGAGUGAGCAGGUCACCAUCUUCCAGUACUGGAGCCACUUUGAGUCACUUGGUGCCCUGGUGCUUGACACCUACAUGAUGGAGCUGGCAGAGGAAGCCCUGCUGGCACAGAACCUCAACUCGGACGACCAGGACGUGGUGCUGCGUGCCCUGAAGCGCAUGCCCGAGGGCCGCCUGAAGAAGGAGGGACUGAAGGCGCUGAGCCUGCUCCUCGUGGAGGGCAACAGCAAAGUGGUGAGCGCCGUGUCAGCCCAGCUCCGCAGCCUGGCAGAAAACCCCCGCUUCCGCCAACGGGCCCUCGUAUGUUUCCUGGAGCAGCUGGAGGAUGAGGAGGUGCAAACACGUGUGGCAGGGUGUGCGGCGCUGGGCUGCUUGAAGGCCAAGGAGAGCAUCGAGCAGCUCGUUUACCUGUGCCAAACCGACAAAGAGCCUGUGCGGGAGGCAGCCAAGCAGAGCCUGAUGCUGUGUGGGGAAGACGGUAAAUCAGCUCACCGGCGACUGGAGGAGACCCUGGAUAGCCUCCCGCGGAUCUUUGCACCAGCCAGCAUGGCCAGUACAGCUUUCUGAGACCCACGCACACCCGCCUGCCACCCCUGAGGGCAAAGGCACUGCUGGGCCACCCGGGCUUGCACGGACUGGGGACCCGGCAGCUCCGCUCCCGGCAGCACACCACAGUAUUACCCCGCCCGCCUGCCGGCAGCUCGCCAUGGCCGCACACUGCCUUACGGAGCACCGCUUCCCUGUCCCCGGCCACCGGCCCCACAGGUGCCACCUCCACACCACUGGGCAGGGGGCUCGCUACACAUCCCACCCUCUGAUCGCUAUUUAAAGUACCCAGGGAGUCCACCCUUCCUGCCCCCCUCGUCCGCUACAGCUGCCAGGACUGGGAUGGCGGGAGAGGUACCGGAUUGCUCUGCCUCCUCUUGCCUUCCUCUUGCUCGAGGGCACGCGCCCUGUCCCAGAAGGACCUGCACUUUGGAAACCUUGCUGUUUCUUUCCAGGAGCUGCCAGGGCCAUGGGGACUGCUGCCCUCUGCCACCUGGAGUCCCCAGGACUUAAAUAAAAUGAAAUAUAAGAUAUUAAUAUAUUCUGCUGGCGUUUCUUCUUUCCAGCUCCACGUGCUCCUGUCCCUCCCUGGCUUGUGGCUGUAGGAGUGUAGUGAGAUGUGGCCUCAGCCCAGAGCCUUUCCUGGCCUGUUGGAAAGUGCUGUGGAGGGCAGGGGCAGGAGGAACGAUAGAGGGAUGGACAGACGGAUGGACAGAAGCUGCCACCUUUUUUUUUUGUUUGUUUUGUUUUAUUUUAUUUUUUAUUUACAGAUUUUUGCAGAAAAACAAAAGCAAAAAAUUCUUUUCUAUAUUGUCUCUAUAAAUCUAUAUAUAAUGUAAUUACAGAGAAUGACUAAUUUUGAUUUUAAAGCAGAAAUAAAAACCUUUAAAGAG